AUGGCAAGUGCUGAGAGAGCUGAAGAGAGGCAAGAAAAUUAUCCGAGAAAUGGAACACUGCAAGAAUCGCCCAAAGUGAGACCACAAGCCGUUGGACCUAUUGAGAUCUUCCGCUUUGCUGAUGGACUGGACCUCGUGCUCAUGACUGUGGGAUUGCUGGCAUCGUUGGUGAAUGGAGCCUGUCUUCCUGUAAUGUCACUGGUUCUGGGGGAAAUGAGUGAUAAGUUAAUUAGCGGCUGCCUCAGCAGAACCAACAGAACAAAUGAUCACAACUGUAGUCAGUCUCAAGAGAAGGCAAAUGAAGAUAUGAUGCUGCUGACGCUGUAUUAUAUUGGAAUAGGACUGACUGCCUUGGUUUUUGGCUACAUGCAGAUUUCUUUUUGGGUUAUAACUGCAGCGCGGCAAACCAAGAGAAUUCGAAAACAGUUUUUUCAUGCGAUUCUGUCACAGGACAUCAGCUGGUUUGAUGGCUGUAACAUCGGUGAACUCAACACUCGCAUGACUGAGGACAUCAACAAGAUCAAUGAUGGUAUCGGAGACAAGUUUGUCCUGCUCUUUCAAAACAUCUCUACUUUUUCCAUUGGCCUGACGAUUGGUUUGGUGAAGGGUUGGAAACUCGCCCUCGUGACUCUGUCCACAGCCCCGCUUAUCAUGGCUUCCGCAGCAGUGUGUUCCAGGAUGGUCAUUUCAUUGACCAGUAAGGAAUUCAGUGCUUAUUCUAAAGCUGGAGCUGUAGCAGAAGAAGUUUUGUCAUCAAUCCGAACAGUCAUAGCCUUUGGAGGCCAAGAGAAAGAAAUUCAAAGGUAUACCCAAAAUUUAAAGGAUGCAAAGGAUGUUGGUGUCAAAAAGGCUAUCAUUUCAAAACUGUCCCUUGGUGCUGUGUACUUCUUUAUGAAUGGAACCUACGGGCUAGCGUUCUGGUAUGGGACCUCCUUGAUUCUUAGUGGAGAUCCUGCGUACACCAUCGGGACUGUUCUUGCUGUCUUCUUUAGUGUAAUCCACAGCAGCUACUGCUUUGGAGCGGCCGCCCCUCACCUGGAGACCUUUACAAUCGCCCGAGGAGCUGCCUUUAAUAUCUUCCAGGUUAUUGAUAAGAGACCCACUAUAGAUACCUUUUCAACAACUGGAUAUAAACCUGAAUACAUAGAAGGAACUGUGGAAUUUAAAAAUGUGUCUUUUAGUUAUCCAUCAAGACCAUCGAUUAAGAUUCUGAAGGGCCUGAGUCUCAGAAUUAACUCUGGCGAAACCGUCGCUCUGGUUGGCAGCAGCGGCAGUGGCAAGAGUACAGCAGUCCAGCUUCUGCAGCGACUAUAUGACCCCAACGAUGGCUUGAUCACGGUAGAUGAGAAGGACCUCCCAGCCCUGAAUGUGCGGCAUUAUCGAGAACACAUUGGAGUGGUCAGCCAGGAGCCUGUCCUGUUUGGGACCAGCAUUAGCAACAACAUUAAAUAUGGUCGAGAUGGUGUGACCGAUGAAGAGAUUGAGAAGGCAGCAAAGGAAGCAAAUGCUUAUGAUUUUAUCAUGGAGUUUCCCAAUAAAUUUAACACGUUGGUAGGGGAGAAAGGAGCUCAACUGAGCGGAGGACAGAAACAGAGGAUCGCGAUUGCUCGAGCGCUAGUUCGAAACCCCAAGAUUCUGAUCUUAGAUGAGGCGACAUCUGCCCUCGAUACUGAAAGUGAGUCGGUCGUUCAAGCUGCACUAGAGAAGGCAAGCAAAGGUCGAACCACGAUUGUGGUAGCGCACCGGCUGUCUACUGUUAGAAAUGCAGAUCUGAUCGUGGCCAUGAAAGAUGGGAGGGUAGUGGAAAAAGGAACACAUGCCGACCUCAUGGCAAAAGAAGGCCUGUAUUAUUCACUUGCAAUGUCACAGGAUAUUAAAAAAGUUGAUGAAGAUAUGGAACCUGUGACAUAUGCUACUGAAAAAAGUAUUGGUUCAGUUCCUCCAAGCUCUGUGAAUACCACGAAGUCAGGAUUAAAGCCAGACUGUGAUGGCAAUUCUGAGAAACCCAUGGAACAUAAAGAGACAAGUCUUCCUGAAGUGUCUCUGCUAAAAAUCAUGAAAUUAAAUAAGCCAGAAUGGACUUUGGUGGUUCUGGGGGCUUUGGCUUCUAUUCUAAAUGGAAUUGUUCACCCAGUCUUCUCCAUCAUCUUCGCAAAAAUUCUAACUAUCUUUGGGAAGAAUGAUACAACCACAUUAAAGCAGGAGGCCGAGGUUUAUUCCAUGAUAUUUGUCAUUUUGGGGGCUGUUUGCUUUGUCAGUUAUUUCAUGCAGGGGUUGUUUUACGGCAGAGCAGGAGAAAUAUUAACAAUGAGAUUAAGACGCUUGGCAUUCAAAGCCAUGUUAUACCAGGAUCUGUCCUGGUUUGAUGACAAAGAAAACAACACGGGGGCCUUGACAACAAUAUUAGCCGUGGAUAUAGCCCAGAUUCAAGGAGCCACAGGUUCAAGACUUGGUGCCAUAGUACAAAAUGCGACCUGCAUGGGACUCUCGGUUAUUGUUUCCUUCAUCUAUGGAUGGGAGAUGACACUCUUGAUUCUGAUUACUGCUCCGGUACUUGCUCUGACAGGAAUCAUUGAAACCACAGCAAUGACUGGGUUUGCCAACAAGGACAAGCAAGAGCUUAAGCGUGCUGGAAAGAUAGCAACUGAAGCUGUGGAGAAUAUCCGUACUGUCGUGUCACUCACCAGAGAAAAAGCCUUUGAACAAAUGUAUGAUGAGACGCUUCAGCCUCAGCACAGAAACGCCUUGAAGAAAGCCCAGAUUUUUGGAAGCUGCUACGCGUUCAGCCAUGCCUUUGUGUAUUUCAGCUACGCGGCGGGCUUUCGGCUGGGAGCCCAUUUAGUUCAAGCGGGACGAAUGACCCCCGAGGGCGUGUUUGCAAUUUUCACUGCUGUUGCCUAUGGAGCACUGGCCAUUGGAGAAACACUGGUCUGGACACCUCAAUAUUCCAAAGCCAAAUCGGGGGCGGCACAUCUGUUCGCUUUGUUGGAGAAGAAGCCCACCAUAGACAGCCACAGUCUAACGGGGAAGAGUCCAGACACAUGCGAAGGGAAUUUGGAGUUUCGCGACGUCUCUUUCUUCUAUCCCUGCCGCCCAGACGUUGUCAUCCUUCAAGACUUCAGCCUCCGUGUUGAGAAAGGGAAGACGGUGGCAUUCAUAGGCAGCAGUGGCUGCGGGAAAAGCACUUCCCUGCAGCUCCUGCUGAGGUUCUAUGACCCCCGGAAAGGACAAGUGCUCUUGGACGGCGUGGAUGCGCAGGAACUGAGCGUGCAGUGGCUCCGUUCCCAAAUAGCGACAGUUCCCCAAGAGCCUGUGCUCUUCGACUGCAGCGUCGCAGAGAACAUUGCCUACGGCGACAACAGCCGGGUGGUGCCAUUGGUUGAGAUCAAAGAAGUGGCCAAGGCCGCGAGUAUCCAUUCCUUUAUUGAAUCUCUCCCUGAGAAAUACAACACACACGUGGGUCUGAAAGGAGCACAGCUUUCUGGCGGCCAGAAACAAAGAAUCGCAAUUGCCAGGGCUCUUCUGCGGAAACCAAAAAUUUUAUUGUUGGAUGAGGCCACUUCCGCCCUUGAUAACGAAUGUGAAAAGGCGGUUCAGCAAGCCUUGGAGGAAGCCCGGAGAGGGAGGACAUGCCUCAUGGUGGCCCACCGACUCUCCACAAUACAGAAUGCAGAUUUGAUUGUGGUUCUCCAUGAUGGGAAAGUAAAGGAACAGGGAACUCAUCAAGAGCUCCUGAGGAAUCGAGACAUCUACUUCAAACUAGUCAAUGCUCAGUCGGUGCAGUGA